AUGGGUCCCAAACGCGGCAAGCCUGAUGACAGCAGCGACACCGAGUCUACAGCUGCCUUGCCCUUUCAGGGGCGGGGGGGCGGUGGUGGGGGUGACGUCACUGUGCCUCUGCAGCAGCCGCUGCGGGCGCAGCAGCAGCAGCAGCAGCAGCAGCAGCAGCAGCAGCAGCGGCAG